CCCCGCACGGACACCCAAUGAUGUCACUCCAAUUUUCGAUGCAAUUGUUCUGAGGAAGCACCAUCCAGUACAAGCCUUUCAACGACGGCGCCGGCUGUUGGGUCUUCCACGUAACAAACAACAACCAUGUCAACUUCAUCUAGCAAGGUGUUGAACAUUCUUAUCACGGGCGGAGCUCGUGGCAUCGGUCGCGGCCUCUUCCGCCAAUUCUUGUCGAAAGGUCAUCGAGUAAUUAUCCUUGACUCGAACACAGAAGAGCUGGAACAUGUCAAAUCGCAAGCCGGCAAGUGGUCAAGUGUGCAAGGGAACUGGCAUGCACUGCAAUGCGACUUAAGCAAGCGUGAGCAGAUCAAAGAUGCAGUUCGAACAGUCAAGGAGACCUUCGGUGGAAAACUGGACGUUCUGAUCAACAACGCUUUUCCGACGACAUUACAGAUCGCGGAGGACAGGACCAUGGAAGGCGAAGGCGACGAUAUUGAGGCUGAAUGGGACCUCAAGAUCGCCAUCGGUCUGACAGCUCCGUUUAUUCUCAGCCGACUUUGCGUACCAUUGCUCGUUGCUGGCAGUUCGACAUCAGGCUCUCCAGGCACCAUCAUCAACGUCUCUUCGACGAGAGCAUAUCAAGCCGAGUCGGACCACGAAUCCUACUCUACAGCCAAGGCAGGCAUCCUUGGCCUCACACAGUCGAUGUCCAUAUCCCUUGGACACCGUCACAAGAUUCGAGUGAACGCGAUCAUCCCAGGCUGGAUCCAUGUCGAGAACGAGAGCAAAGCUGCUGACGACAAGGGCACUGCUUGGGAAAAAGGACUGAGCAAGGACGAUAUCGAAUGGCAUCCGGCGGGCCGGGUCGGCAAGAGUGAUGAUAUUGUGCGCGCCGCGGAGUACCUCAUUGAAAGUGGGUUUGUCACGGGCCAGGAGGUUGUAGUCGAUGGCGGAGUGGGGAGGAAGAUGGUGUACCCAGAAUAAGUCUCAGCACUGCAAUCGAUAGCUCUUUCAUGAGGCUGAG